AUGGAACAAAACGCUACCCUGAUGCAGCAAAAUCAAAAUGCUUUACAGAGUUUGGAGGCCGCUCGCGCCAACUCUGAAGCUACGCAAAGGCAAUUGAUGGAUAUCCUUGCCGCUACCAGAAACACACCGGGGGCGUCCUCUUCUAAUGCUACCCAACAUGCUGAAUGGAGUUUGGAAAGCUUUCUUCAACAUCAUCCCGCCAAGUUUAACAAAAAGUGCCUUCCUGAUGAGGCAGAUCAGUGGCUGCGGGACAUGGAAAAGAUCUAUAAUGCAAAGAGGUGCCCUGAUGACAACAGGUUGGCGUUUACAGAAUAUCUGUUGACUAGUGAGGCCAGCCACUGGUGGGCGAGCGUGAAGACUAUACUGACGGACGCUCACGCUCCCAUCACUUGGGAGGUGUUCAGAAAUAAAUUUUAUGAAGAGUAUUUCCCAGACAGCGUUCGCUACGCCAAGGAAGUGGAGUUCCUUCAAUUGAUACAAGGGGGAAAGUCUGUAUUGGAGUACACCAAUACUUUCAAGCAGUUAUUGAGGUUCAACACUAUGGCCACUAGUGAAGAGUGGCAGUGUAGGAAGUUCGAGAAUGGACUAAGGAGCGACCUGAAGGUGUUGAUCUCGAGUUUAUGCAUUCGGUCAUUUCCUGCCAUGGUGGAGAGAGCCAAAGUACUGGAGAAGAAUAUGGCAGAGGUGGAGCGACAAAAGAAGCAACAACAGGUGGUUAGGGGACCGAUCGUAUCCAGGGGUAAUGCUAAUCUGAGAAGUGCUCCUUAUACUCGUCCAAAUCAAUCAUCAAAUACAAGUGGAUCUCGAGCGCUGGUCAUUGCCGGACAGUCUGGGCAGCCAGGAAACGUUACUUGUUUCCAGUGUGGAGGACCACACUAUCGUUCGUCCUACCCUCAGCUGAUGGGAGGAAAAUUUUGCGUUCGUUGUAGACGAAAUGGGCACUUAGAGAGUGAGUGCAACAUGGGUGGACGCGUUGUGAUGAGACCACCGAACGUUGGGAGAAAUCAACCAAGAGGAGGUGGACGAGCCCAAGCUGUUGGGCGGGUAUAUGCUUUGACUGGUGCGGAGGCAGCAAGCUCAGACUGUGGCGAUAAGAGGUUGGUUUUUCCUGAAGAAGAUGAAGAAGAAUUGUCUGUGACGCUCGAUCAGGAAUUCGGAGGGAUGGAGCAAGAACGAUCGUCCAGUAGCAAUAAUGGACGAUCGGUUGUGGAUGAAUUCCCAGAAGUCUUUCUGGAAGAAAUACCUGGAUUACCUCCUGUUCGCGAGGUCGAGUUCACGAUUGAUUUGGUGACAACGGUAGCACCCAUUUCUGUUCAACCUUAUCGAAUGUCGCCUGCGGAAUUAGCUGAGCUCAAGACGCAGAUUGAAGAGUUGAUGGACAAGCAGUUCAUCAGGCUGAGCGUAUCGCCCUGGGGAGCUCCUGUUCUCCUAGUUAAAAAGAAAGAUGGCAGCUCCAGACUUUGCAUUGACUACAGGCAGUUAAACAAGCUGACCAUCAAGAAUAAGUACCCAUUGCCAAGGAUAGAUGAUUUGUUGGAUCAACUGCAUGGGGCUACUGUAUUCUCGAAGAUUGAUUUACGGUCGGGAUAUCAUCAAAUCAGGGGCAAAGAGGAAGACAUCCAGAAGACUGCUUUCAGAUCUCGUUACGGACACUACGAGUAUGUAGUGAUGACGUUCGGUGUGACGAACGCGUCAGCAGUCUUCAUGGAUUACAUGAAUCGUAUAUUUCGGCCAUACCUGGACAAGUUCGUAGUGGUCUUCAUUGAUGAUAUUCUUAUUUACUCCAAGAGCCAUGAAGAACAUGCGGAACACUUGAGGGUCGUACUUGGCGUCUUGAAGGAGAAGGAACUGUACGCCAAGUUAUCAAAGUGUGAAUUUUGGAUGAAGAGCGUGCAGUUCUUGGGGCACGUUGUAUCGGCUGAAGGGAUCUCUGUAGACCCAGCAAAAGUACGAGCGGUAUUGGAGUGGGAGAGUCCCCGUUCGGUCACUGAGGUUCGUAGUUUUGUGGGGCUGGCGGGCUACUACAGACGUUUUAUUGAAGGAUUUGCUAAGAUAGUAGCUCCGCUAACUCAGUUGACCAGGAAGGAUCAAUCGUUCGCAUGGACCGAUCGAUGCGAAGCGAGCUUCCAGGAGUUGAAAGGAAAAUUAACGAGCGCUCCAGUUCUGAUUAUUCCGGACACAGCCCAACCGUUCGAGGUAUACUACGACGCUUCUCAUCAAGGUUUGGGCUGUGUGUUGAUGCAAGAGAAGCGAGCGGUAGCAUACGCGUCUCGUCAAUUGAAGAUUCACGAGAGAAAUUACCCGACGCACGACCUGGAGUUGGCAGCGAAGGAGCUGAACAUGAGGCAGAGGCGUUGGUUGGAGUUCUUGAAGGAUUACGAUUUUGAAUUGCUGUAUCAUCCGGGAAAAGCUAAUUUAGUGGCGGACGCCCUAAGCAGGAAAGCAGUUCACGUCUCGGUUAUGAUGGUAAAAGAACUCAGCCUGGUUGAAGGCUUUAGAGAUCUAAGGUUACAAUUCGAGUUGGAGCCGAACAGUAUCAAGUGUUGUAACCUUAGAAUAUCCAGCGACGUGUUCGACCGGAUCAGAGUGAAACAGCGAGAGGAUGAAGAGUUGGUGACGAUCUUAAGCGCGCUCGGUACAGAUAAAGCUAAGCAUUUCAAUACCGGGACGGACGGUCUUCUACGCUACAUGGAUAGGACGUGCGUUCCGAAUGAUGGCGAGCUGAAGAGAAUUAUCCUUGAAGAAGGACAUCACAGCCUUUUCCACGUUUCUCAACUCCGAAAGUACAUUGCCAACCCUUCUCAUAUAUUGGAGUUGGAAAACGUUCAACUUCGCCAAGACCGAACGCUGGAGUUGCAACCAGUUCGUGUGGAAGACUGCCGCACAAAGUACUAUAAAGGAAAAGACGUUCGUCUAGUAAAGAUGGUUUGGGACGCAAAGACUGGCGACUCAACGUGGGAAGUGGAAAACGCUAUGAAGGACUUGUACCCCCAUCUAUUUCCGGGUAAGAUUUAA